CAGUCUCGAGCUGGGCGAGGCAAGUUGUAAAGAAAAUACAUCGCCUGAGACGCCAGUGUUGCAGAGAAGUAGUUCGUUUGUUUAGCUUAUAGUUAAACUUCUCUGGUGAGAUAAAGUGGGACAGCUGCUGCUCGCUCGCCUUCAAACACGUCAGCUGAUGGACGCACCAAGUUUUUCAGCAGGAAAACUGCGUCUUCACUCCUCAUCGUUCCUGCACAUGUGGAGAACUUCAUGGAUCCUGGGACCAGCUGACAGACAACAACACAUCUAUAGCAGGAACAUAUCAACAGGGAGAAGAUGAUCUGGAUCCUUUUGCUUGUCGGCCUGACCUCCUCUAUCUGUGGGGCGUUUGUUGUGAAAAGGACUUCGACCUUCUAUCAGACAGAGGAGGGCGACAACAUCACCAUCAGCUGGGACAGUCCCACCAAAGCUGACAUGUCUCUCACCAACCUGCUUUGUUUUCUCCAGUCAAAGCCUGUGAAGCGUUUGUAUCAAAUGGUUAACGGUGUCGAGGUCCCAGAGUCUCAGCAUCAGCAGUUUGCAGGACGGGUACAGUGUGACAAAGACGCCCUCAGAGACGGACGACUCAGACUUCAUCUGUCCAGAGUCACGACUGACGACUCUGGAGCUUACUGGUGUGAUCUGGCUGCUGAUUAUGACCAGGACCUGAGAAGAUGGGUGCUGCAGACCUCUGAACAGUUUGUCUUGAACGUGACCUCUCGUGGAGAGAACAGUGACGUGUUCCUCACCACACCUGAAGCUGCAAAACACAAACCAGAGGGGCCGGAGAAGGGAGUCAGUUCAUAUGAGUUAAAAGUUAAAACAUUUUUUGGAGCUGUACAGGUCGCAAUCUUUCUACUUGGUUCGGCUAUCAUCGCUGUUUUGUCCGUGUUAAAAUGUGUCUCACAGGUCAAGAACAGGAAAUACAUUCCCUCAUUCAGCUCAUGAGAAAGAUCAAAACCGAGUUACAUGGCAUAACAUUCUGGUUCCAAACGGUCUGAAGAACCCCAACAAUGUUGGUGUUGUUGGAACAAUCUCAGACUGCAUCAGCAAUAAUAAAACAGCAGCAUCACCAUAAAAAAAACUAAAAGAAACCCUACGAUCUCACUUAUCUGUGUGCUCCUCUUUUAGCCAGGUUACUAAUCACACAGACUUGACUGCUGAUCAUUAUUCUCAGUUUACUGUAGUGGUGUGUAUUUGUACAUAUUUUAUUGUCAUACAGUAACGGUACAUUUCUAUGUGAGUGUGUUGCCCCUUGAAACUUGAGUCAGACCGUCCGUCACAUUGAGCAUCAUGUCUCAUCAUGUGUUAGAGCAGCAU